AUGGCUGUGGCACGCAAAAUCAAAACUUUGCUGACCGUGAACAUUUUGGUUUUUGUCGGCAUCAUUUUGUUCUCGGUCUACUGCAGAAUACAAGACCGCUCCGAGGAGCUCAUCCAGAUCGGUCGGAUCUCGGACCAGAGACUGCGAGCUAGAAAUGGCAAAGUUACAAACUUGGUGGACAGGCAAUCCAUUCUGCAGAGGCUGGAGCGCCUUGAAGAUGUGGUCUACAAUCAGUUGAACGGCCUGGCGAAGCCCAUGGGCCUGGUUGAGGGUCCGGGGGGCCUGGGACAGGGAGGGGCCGCAGCCACGCUGAGCGAGGGGGACAACCGCGACGGCGACGGCAAGUACGAGGAGUACGGAUACAACGCCCAACUCAGCGACCGCAUCUCGCUGGACCGGAGCAUCCCAGACUACAGGCCCAAAAAGUGCAAGCAGUUGACCUAUCCGGAGGACCUGCCUCAGAUCUCGGUGGUGUUCAUCUUUGUGAACGAGGCGCUGUCCGUCAUCCUGCGCUCCGUGCACAGCGUGGUCAACCACACGCCUGCACACCUCCUCAAGGAGAUCAUCCUGGUGGAUGACAACAGCGACAGCGUGGAGCUCAAGUUCAACCUUGACCAGUAUGUGAACAAGCGCUACCCGGGCCUGGUGAAGAUUGUCCGGAACAGCAAGAGAGAGGGUCUGAUCCGAGCCCGGAUCCACGGGUGGAACGCCGCCACUGGUGCCAUCGUCGGUUUCUUCGAUGCCCACGUCGAGUUCAAUACUGGCUGGGCCGAACCCAUCCUGACCAGGGUGAAAGAGGACCACAGCCGCAUCAUCCUUCCCGCCAUCGACAACAUCAAGUACAACACGUUUGAGGUGCAGCAGUACGCCAACGCCGCCCACGGCUACAACUGGGGCCUGUGGUGCAUGUACAUCAUCCCCCCCCAGGAUUGGCUGGAUAAGGGCGAUGAGACGGCCCCUAUCAGAACACCAGCAAUGAUCGGGUGCUCCUUUGUGGUUGAUCGGGAGUACUUUGGCGAGAUCGGUCUGCUGGACCCUGGUAUGGAGGUGUACGGGGGAGAAAACAUUGAGCUGGGCAUGCGGGUGUGGCAGUGUGGCGGCAGCAUGGAGGUGCUGCCUUGCUCAAGAGUGGCCCACAUCGAACGCACCAAGAAGCCAUACAACAACGACAUCGAUUACUAUGCCAAGCGCAACGCCCUGCGCGCUGCCGAGGUCUGGAUGGAUGAGUACAAAUCCCAUGUGUACAUGGCCUGGAACAUUCCCAUGAACAACCCUGGGGUAGACUUCGGGGAUGUGUCUGAGCGGGUGGACCUGAGGAAGCGGCUGCAGUGUCGCAGCUUCCGUUGGUACCUGGAGCACGUCUACCCCGAGAUGCGCAUCUACAACAACACCAUCACCUAUGGCGAGGUGCGGAACAGCAAGGCCAGUGGGUACUGCCUGGACCAGGGCUCCGAGGACGACGACCACGCCAUCCUCUACCCCUGCCAUGGCAUGUCCUCCCAGCUGGCUCGCUACUCCACCGAAGGACUUCUUCAGCUAGGACCUCUCGGGUCAACCAGCUUCCUGCCUGACACAAAAUGCCUGGUGGACGACGGUAGAGGUCGAACGCCGGCUUUGAAGAAGUGUGACGCUGUGUCUAGGGCUUCUCAAAGGUUGUGGGACUUCACGCAGAACGGACCAAUCAUCAGCAGGGAUACUGGCCGGUGCCUGGAGGUGGAGAUGUCCAAGGAGGCCAACUUCGGCCUGCGUCUGGUGGUGCAGCGCUGCUCGGGACAGAAGUGGAUGAUACGCAACUGGAUCAAGCACCCAAGGCACUAA